UUCAGCUAUCACCAGCAUCAUCCCACCACCAACACCACCACAGCUUCAUCCAGCAAGCAGCACAGCCGACAUUUGGACAUGAGCGAGCCGCGAGCCAUUGGGAUCGAACCGAGCUGCCUGCCAGCUAAUGAUGCUGACCUUUUUUGUUUUAUUUGCUUGCUCUCGCUGGCCAACUCGUAUUUCGCCUCUUCUUUCUUCACAUUCCAGACUCUUUUUCACGCAAACAGGUGCAGAAAAACAUCAAUACAUUAUUGAAUACGGAAGCAUAAAUGUCUGCUGCAGAAUCUGAUGCCAUGGCCAGCCUUUCGUUGGAAAAUCCGGGAUCCAACCCGAGCGAAUCGUGGGUCGAGAGCUACCGACAGCAGCUAGCGCGUGCUCCAUACAACGCGGAGCUGUGGAUGGAAUUUCUUCAUGCAGCUAAGGCCCAGAGCGACGGCGAACUGACUCGUGAAGUAUAUGCGGAUAUUCUUCAGCGGUAUCCGCACAGCGGGCGCCUGCUAUCUGAGUACGUCGAGCUGGAGCUCAGCCUGGGCGAGAAAGAGCGUGCUGAGUCUGUGUUUAACGAGAAGCUGUUCACAGCACCUUCGCUGGAGCUUUGGAAGUGCUACCUGAACUACGUGCUAAGAUCGAACACGGAUGCGAGUGGGAUGGUAGCGCUGCCCGAGAACCGCACCACAGUGCUGAACUGCUACAAGCUGGUACUGGAAAACGGCAAAUAUGGCUUCAGCUAUAUCGAAUUCCUGAGCACUGGUGAGGGGUAUGGGCAGUACGAGGAGCAGCUGAAGGCCACGCAAAUGCGUGAGGCAUUCCAGCAGGCAGUGGCGAUUCCGCUGCUCAAGGUCGAGGAGAUCUGGAAGCGCUACGACGCGUUUGAGAAUGGGCAGAACCGGGCAGCAGCCAAGCGGUACCUGAGCGAGCUGUCGCCCACAUACAUGACAGCGCGCACCGCGAUGCGUGAAAUGAGCAAAUUCUUUGACGAAAUGCAGCACACUGCACCAGUGCACAGUCUACCCAAGCAGCCCGAGUGGACGCAGCCCGAGAUCACGUAUCUGGAGGCAUGGAAGCGCUACCUGAAAUGGGAGAUCAGCAACCCGCUGCGCCUGACAGAGAGCGCAGGGGUGCAGAAGCGUGUGAUCUAUGCGUACAACCAGGCAUGCAUGGCUCUGAGGUUCUUCCCAGAGGUGUGGAUUGAAUUUGCCAGCUACCUUUGGGCGUUGGGCCAGCGCGACGCAGCUCUGGCCAAGAUCCGCGAUGCUAGCGAGGUCAUGCCGGAAAGCCUGGCGGUGCAGUUCUCGUACGCUGAGAUGGCUGAGAAGAUGAAGCAGUUCUCAUUGUGCAAGGAUAUAUACGAGGGCCUGGUCACGUCUGCGCGCAGUGCGCUGGAGAACGUGUCAGCCAAGUACACGCGUCGGCUCGACAAGCUAUCGCAGAAACUGAAUAAGAUGAAGGAGGCAGCGAAUGCCGGUGACCAUGCGAUGGACUCGCCGUCUGCUGCCCCAGCGAAUGACGGCGAGGACAGUGCAGUGUCGUCGGAAUCUGAGUGUGAGCAGUCUGCAUCUGAGGGCGAUGAUUUCAUGGGUGACAGUGAAGGUAAGGCAAAGCGCUUGCUGGAGAAGCGGAUCAGCCGUACGCGUGUGCGCAUGGAGGAAAAGAUGUCCGAGAAGCGCACGACGUACACGCUGAUAUGGACCAUGUACAUGCGGUAUGUGCGGCGCUGUUGCGGCGGCCGCGCAACGACCCCUGCCGGCUACAUCACGUACCACUUGUUUGUGUCGGCGGCGCUGAUCGAGUACCAUGUGGGGAAGCGGCCUGAUGUGGCCGGGCGGCUGUUUGAGUACUACUCCAAGAACUACUCUGACGACACCGAGUACAUCUUGCAAUACAUUACCCACUUGAUCAACUCCAAUGACGACAAGAAUGCGCGCGCCGUGUUUGAACGCUUCCACGCGCAAGCAGCCGGCGAGUCCAAGCAGCUCUGGGACAUGUUCGCCGACUAUGAGUACAACUACGGAGACAUCUCGUCUAUUGAGAAGCUCGAUUCUCCGGACGAAUCGGUGAUUUCGCGUGCAGCGGCCAAGUUUGGAUGCCUGGACAUUGACUGCGUGGCUGAGCGCGACUUUGGCUUUGCCCAGCGGACCGACUCAAUCAGCCGCAACAACGAUGACGACGACGACGACUUUGCUGGCGGCAUGGGAUACUCUGCAGCGAUGCCUGGGCUAGCCGUCGGCACAGUGUACGGCAAGCAGAUGAACAAGAAGCAGCUCCUGGCGCCAGUGCAGUCGAGCAGGUUUGUCAAGCCAUCGGUGGGCGGACUGCAGCCGUACAAUCCGACGAUCGAGCCGCUGCCCGAGUUUGGCACUGACGCAAUGGCAGGCACUGCCAGUGGGACUCCCACAGGCGGCAUGGGCGCGGAUAUGUCUACGUGGCCUCAAUGCUGUCGGCACCCGACACGUCGCCGUUCGAGCAGCAGCCGCUGGAUGUGGCGCGCGUGCUCGACAUGGUUAUGGACGCGAAGGUGUCGGGUCCGCUGGUGCCGUCAGAUUACCGGCCGUUGGAGUAUAUGCCGGCGGCUGUGCGUCCAGCACCAGCAGCAGCAGCCGUAUGGGCGCCGUGACAACAGCGGGCAUAGGGACAGCAGGAGCCGCAGCAUCCCGGAGCCAGCGUACCGUGGGUACAGUGCGGGGCAGAGCAGAGGGUCGCGUGGCGGGUACGGGGGCCGGUCAACCGGCAGCAGCUAUCGCUCGACUCCUUACGACCGCAACACACGGUAUGGUGGCGACGAUCGCGGCCGGUCUGGAUUCCGGGGUCCGCCGAAUGAAAGACCGUACGGGCAGCGCUACGAUUCGAACAGAAGCUACAGUAGAGACUGAGCGUAAAAGUUAACGUAAACAAGGGCUUGAUUCAAUUUCCGUGAUUAUUCCUGAAUAAAUGCCCUCUGAGCCUUUCCAGC